ACUAAAAAGCAAACAUGGCGGACCGAGCUGUUUGGAUAUUACAGCCAACUAUCCACUUGGUUUGAAUGCUUCUCGCCAAAAGCCGAUAUUUGUCCUCCUCUGCACUAAGAAUGUCACGAAUUUUUGCCAUUUCAGACAUUCACGUUGAUAUUCCCGAAAACCUUCGUUUGGUUAAUAGUUGGUCAGACGUUGACUUCAAAAAUGACGUACUCAUUCUUGCUGGGGAUGUGACGGAUAACUUGUCUCUGCUCAAAACAGUCUUGACGUCACUGACUCAAAAGUUUUCGAAGGUCUGCUAUGUUCCAGGAAACCACGAGCUCUGGAUUCGUCAGGUAGAAAAUACCUAUUGUCACAACAAUUCCAUCGAUAAAUUCCACGCAAUCUUGGCUAUGUGUGAUUCGAUUGGCGUUCAUACCAAACCAGUAAAGGUGCAAUGCUGUAACGAUACCGCGGCCUGGGUUGUGCCAAUAUUUUCCUGGUAUGCCAAACCAGAGGACGACCUCCAUAACUCGUUAUUUGUUGGAAGGGACACUGAAGAUGCAGAACUGUCCAACAAGGUCUGGAUGGAUAAUCAUCUCUGUAAAUGGCCUGUGCUUCAAGGAUCUGUUGCUCAGUACUUUGCUAAACUCAACGAAAACAUUUUAACAAGGGAUUACGACGCGCCAAUUAUAUCUUUCAGUCAUUUUUUGCCUCGUGGUGAACUCAUCCCUGCUUCAGAAGAGGACAUCGAACGAGUCCAAGAUGAGAGAAAAAAACUACACCUCCCGCAGUUAGACAAUCCCAAAGCCCAAGGAUCGCAAAUCCAGUUUAAUUUUACGCGCUUUGCAGGUUGUAAAACCAUAGAAGAGCAAAUCAGAAAGAUUGGCUCGAAGGUACAUUUGCAUGGACAUCAACACCGUAAUAGGGACCGUGUGAUCGAUGAGGUGCGCUAUGUGUCCUUUUGCCUAGGAUACCCACGAGAAAGGUCCAUGGGAGUUAUUUGGGGCCUUUCAGAGAGAAAAGGACCUCGUUGGAUAUGGCCAUAGUGUGGUCAUGAGUAUGGAGCCAGCACUUACGGUAUUGGUCAGUAAUGGUUGUUAAUUUCCCACAUUUUAAUGAGGCGGGAACGAAAACAAUCGCCAGAAACGUUUUAUAUUCAUUACAAGGUUGUGCGAAAGACGGUUACCACUAAUCCAAGAUUAAUUAAUUUUAUUUCUCUAGGUUAUAUCAGCGUUUUAUCUUACUGUAAGGAAAAAUGGAAGGAAACACAGUAUUGCCAGUAGACCCUUUUGCAAAGGUGUAAAACUAAAUAAAAUAUUUGAGAAAA